UUUUCAUUUUCAAUUUAUCGAUUCUUUUUUAAUUGAAAAACUUGCUCUGAGGUUCCCCGCUUUUUCAUCUCCAUUUAAAUGGUGCCUUUAGUCUCGAUGGUAGCUAGUAGUUGUCCUUGUAGACAUAUGCAGGUGAUUGACCCCAUUUCAUUUAGACCGGGUCAUUUAAGUUUAGAUUUGAUUGCAGGUAAGAAGGACUGAGGUAUAUUUUUCAUUUUUAGAAAGGGCUUUUUUGUAUUUGUAACAUUUAGGUUCUUUCAUUAUGGUUUGAUAUCAAUUUUUGGUGCCAUGGUGAUUUUUAGGAUGUUGAAGGCUACUAAAGGUAUGCAUGAGGAUACAAUUCCUGUUGAUUUUGGCCUGUGCAAGUUUCAAUGGGAGGAGGUUGUUGCCUCUGCAGACGGAUGCAGAUGAUUGUCUCCAUUUCAUUCAAAUGGACUGAGGUUCCAUCAUUUCUAGUUGAUGUGGCUAUGGCUCUUAUUGAAGAGGAGCUUGGACAACAAUGGUGUAACAUCUACUCUGAACUUUCUUCCUCCCUCAUAGCCAUUGCUAACUACAGCAUCCCUCGACCAAGUCUACAAGGGCCAGCUAAACGAGAAUUGGGAUUUGGUAGCUGUCAAAGUACAGAGGCCUUUGUCCUUGAGACUAGCAGUAGAUUUAUUCAUUAAAAGCCACUUGGGACUUUCUCUUUGCAAAUUUCUAUAGGUACUGAUUGUUCAUUUUCUUGUUGUGUAUUAUUUGUGGAAGAGGUGAUUAACAAGUAGUGAAUCCACCUCAAAUCUAAUUUUUAAGAUAUCCGUUAACCUUGUUGUAUUGGUUGAUGAAUGAGCUUUUCACUUCUUUGAGGAGCUUGAUUAUGUUAAAAGAGAGAAAAUGGACAGUUUUUG